AACUUUAAAUCUAUUAGGAGAACGCCCACUUGCUUUCCCUUGCUCCGUCGAAAUCAAAGCCCUAAAAUUUGAGGAGAAAAGCAAAAUGGCAAAUGAACACGAAAACUUGGAAGAAUCUUCCUCGUCAAUUGUAGCACCACCGCCAUCGCCGCCGUGGGUGGAGCUUCCGUGGGAGGUUACGAUGGACAUUCUACGGCGGCCGGGAGCGAUAGAGAUAGUGGAGAGUGCACAGAGAGUUUGGAAUACCUGGUGGAAGGUGUGCCAUAACCCCGCUAUGUGGUCUGUUGUUGACUUGAAAAAUGAAGGUGAUAAUUUCAAAAUGCCUUGGGUGUUGGACAAGAUAUGUCGGAUUGCAGUUGAUCGUAGCCAGGGUCAGUUACUCAAAAUUAGCAUCGAUAAUUUUGGUAGCAUAGACAUGAUCAACUACAUUGCUGAGAGAUCAAGUCAGCUCAGACAUCUUCGAGUUGUCAAGUGUUAUAGUAACUUAGUUGGAGGUUGGGCUGCAGCUGCCAAGAACUUCCCAUUGCUGGAGGAGUUGCACAUUUACUUUACCUUGAUUACUAAAGAUGAUAUAGAAAGUGUUGGUCGUUAUUGCCCCCUGCUCAAGUCAUUUACAUUGAAUGCCACUGAAUAUGGAAAUUUGAUAUUUCCACCAUCUCAAUGCAAUGAUCAAGCUCUAGCUAUUGCCAAAAGUAUGCCUAAAUUGAGGCACCUUGCACUUCUUCAAAAUAGCUUGACAAAUAAAGGAUUGCUUGCCAUUCUUGAUGGCUGUUCGCUCCUUGAAUCACUUGACUUGCGCUGCUGUUGUUGUGUUGAUCUUGAAGGGGACUUAGAAAGAAGAUGUAUGCAACAGAUUGUAGAUCUAAAGCGCCCCGGUGAUUCCACACAUGACUAUGAAUUUCAUUCUGAAAAUCAGCGUCGCCCGUCUUCUGAUGAAGAUGACGAUAUUUGUUAUGACUACGAUUACGGCCUCAGCCUUGGGGACUCUCGUGAGUAUGAUUAUGAUUACGAUAGAUUAUGAUUACGAUUUUUGACAAUGAUGACUCCACAUAUAGCAGCGAGUAUGUAGAUGAAGCUGGUAGCCUAUAUUGAUGUCGUGUUCAAACUAAAAUUUACUAAUGGUAAGAGCCCAAUGUUACCAGCAUUACUUCAUCUUGUUCUUUUUUCUUUUUCGCUUUUAUGGCUUCGAAUGGUGGGAAGAAGACAAAAUGGUUUGUUUCAGAUAUACAUGGUGGUUGCAUUGGUUUUUUGCAGGUCUUUGGUUGCUGGUUGAACUGGAAUCUAUUCGCUACAGCUUCGCUGAGAAGAAAAGGUGAAGUAUUUAGUGGUAAAAUUCACUGUAAAAAAACUAUUUAGCACAUUUGAUUAGAAUAUAGAGCAACUAUUAAUUUGAGAUGGUUGUUUGGGAAUAGAAUACAUGCACCUCUGUAUUGUCUGCUCGUUUUUGUUUUUAAUCCUUUAUCAGUUGUGAUGUAUCCAAUUUGAUG